AUGGCCGAGCAAACGAGGGUCGAAGAGCUUGAAAGACUUUUAAGAGAGGCUGAGCUACGUGCCGAGAGCGAACGACAACGCGCUGAGAGCGAACGACAACGCGCUGAGAGCGAACGACAACGCGCCGAAACGGCAGAAGAGCAGACCCGUGGUACAACUUUAGACGAGUAUAUUGAGGCUUGCCAUAGCCUGGUAUUUUCGAGAUUCGAAGUCGAAAUCGACAAAUCGCUCACAUCAAAAGGCUCCAUCACAAAUCCAAGAAACAAACUAUGUCCGACAAGUCUCCAGCCGUGGCCCGGCUUCCUAGAGCAACAGAGAAUUGCCUCUGGCGUGCUACACAGCGCAGUUCCCGCUAAUACACGGCUUUUCGAGUCCCGAAGCUUUUUGUCCGGCCUUGGAGAGAGAAUCUCCCGACGGCCGAUCGCGAAUGAGAAGGGCCUGGAAUACUUCCUUCAUAACAGCGUGGAGGAUCCAGUUAGAUCCAUUCUGCACCAGCUAAAAGAGGUAGAGCAAAUCCGAAGCGUUUACGAAAUUGGAGACGGCAUUAUAUUCGAGAAUCAUCCCAGUGCCAUAAGUGAUGUAGCCGAAGAAGUCGCUGACCGUGAGAAUUCAUUGCCGCCAAGAACGCCCGAUCAGAGACGUCUUGCUAAUCAGCUCCGCCCGGACCAAAUAUGUGUUUACCGAUCGGAGGAUGGCCAGUCAACAAGACGUAGCAUGAUCUACGUUUGCGAAUACAAGGCACCUCAUAAAUUGACAGCGCCACAUCUUCGUGUUGGUCUGCGACCCAUGAAUGUGUACGAAGAAGUUGUCAAACGCAAAACGAUCCCCACUUCGGCGGAUCCGGAAGGCCGUUUCCAAUACCACGCGGAAAGACUAACUGCCGCCGCCAUUUCACAAACAUACCAUUACAUGAUCGAGGGCGGACUUGACUACGGGCUACUGACAACGGGCGAGACGAUCGUGUUCCUCAAGAUUGAUUGGGAGGAUCCGCAGACACUCUACUAUCAUCUUGCCGAACCUGGGCCAGAGGUCUCCGCGCAUCCGGACCACUUCUACUCUUGUACUGCUGUCGGCCAGUAUCUGGCCUUCACCCUCGUCGCUUUGGGACAACCCGGCCAAAGGCGGGAACACGGCCAGGAGGAGCGCCGCCUCGCGAUUCAUAGACUGAAGACCUGGGCGGAAGACUUUGAGAGCACGCUGCGCUCCAUUCCUGCCAACGAACGGUCCGCCCCCAGUGACUCUUCGGACUAUGAGCCUACCACGUACGAGGGCAUUGAUCGGUCGCCAUAUCCAUUUCGUCAUGACCGACGGCCUGCUGCUGAUAAAGACCAGCCCGACAAGCAGGCGACAAGACGGAAUUCCCCAGAGUCUUCAGAUGACGAAUCAAGGCAAAAUCUCCCAGACACACCCAGUCCUGCCGAACGGCGAGCCGGGAAAGGAGAGCAGAGAACCCGACGAAGCCAGAGGAUCCAGGCUCGACAGCGAGGGGCCGCGACAAAAGGAGGUUCUCAGCAUACCACGCAAUACUGUACACAGAAGUGUUUAGUCGGAUUGGUUCAAGGGGGCUUCCUCGACACGUGUUGUCCCAACGUAAAGCUUCACAACAAACAAAUAGGUCAUGCCCGUCGUGCUUCAAUCUCCCGUCAUCCUGUCAGACAUAGCAAGUGGCUCCAACUUCUGAGGGAACAGCUUGAAGAGUCUCUAGACAAAGGGCUGACACCCCUUGGGGAAGGCGGUUCGCGAGGCGCGCUAUUCCAGGUCACUUUGCUGGCUUAUGGCUAUACUUUCAUUGGUAAAGGGACUGUCCGGGCUUUUAUCAAGGAUCUUGAGCAUGAAGCCGCCGUUUACAAGCGUCUCAAAGCCGUGCAAGGGAUCAGCGUUCCUGUUUUUUUGGGCGCGGUUGACCUCCAAUCUAUGAACAAAAUUUACUAUUAUGACCACCGGGUCUACAUAGUGCAUCUGACGUUCCUCUCAUGGGGCGGUUACAAACUAAAUAACAGUGGAAAUGCCAGUGAUAUGAGCAAGAGACUUGUGGAUGGCGCACUGCGGACGUUGGAAUCGAUACAUCGAAAAGGUGUGGUCCACAAGGACGUACGAGGAGCCAAUAUGUUAUAUAACCCUGAAACAAAUCGUGUAAUGAUGAUCGACUUCGAAAGAUCAUUGCUUGUGCAGCCGUCUCGACGUGCGCUGGCUCAACUAGUGCCCAACAAGCGGGCAUGGAGCCGGGAGUCGUCUGGCAAGAGGGCGGUGCGACAUCUGACUUCGGACAGAUACCAGAUUGAGGACGACAUUCUGAUGGCGAAAUCGGCAUUCUUAAAGCCGAAUUGGUAUGCAGUCACAUAA